CAAAUAAUUCGACUGAGAGAAAAAGAAGAGGAGUGGAGGUAGUUUUGGUUCGUAGGCCCGCCUUUGUUGAAUUUUGACCUCUCUUCUUCUCUGUGCGAAGUGAGUGAGCGAGUGUCUGGGGGAGUGUGUUGCUGUUCUUGUCUUUCCCCAGUAAAUCUCUCUAAACAAAUCCUUUCCGGUAAAAGAAAGGAAAAAAAAAAGAGAGAGAGAGAGAAAAAAAAGAGUCAAAAAGGUACGGGGAGACUGCUUUACUAGUUCACAGUUCACGGUUCACGGUUCACAAUCACAAGUGAAGCCUCCUCCUGCUGCUCGUGCUUUACUAGUUCAAUUUCAUCGGAUUGUUUUUGCCCAGAUAAUAAUGGGGAUCGUUUCUCAGGAGGCGAUCAAGCAAUUCCAAGCUUUAAUGGAUCAAGUGCCAGUUGAUGAACCACUGAAGAGAACAUUUCAGAAUGUUCACCAAGGAUUUCUCGUUCAGACUUUUGCGCGUUUUCUCAAAGCAAGAGAGUGGAAUGUUGUCAAAGCCCAUAAAAUGUUGAUGGAUUGUUUAAACUGGAGGGUACAAAAUGAGAUUGACAGUAUAUUGGCCAAACCCAUAAUUCCAACUGAAUUGUACAGAGGAGUGCGAGACUCACAGCUCAUAGGCCUUUCAGGUUACUCUAGAGAGGGUAUGCCAGUCUUUGCUAUUGGGGUUGGUUUAAGUACAUUUAAUAAAGCGUCUGUUCAUUACUAUGUGCAGUCACACAUUCAAAUCAAUGAAUAUCGAGAUCGUGUUAUUUUGCCGUCUGCAUCGAAGAAGUAUGGUAAGCCUAUUACCACGUGUGUGAAGGUUUUAGAUAUGACUGGGUUGAAGCUUUCAGCACUAAACCAAAUUAAGUUGUUGACAAUUAUAUCCACAGUUGAUGAUUUGAACUACCCAGAGAAGACAAAUACGUACUACAUUGUAAAUGUGCCUUACAUAUUCUCAGCCUGUUGGAAGGUUGUCAAGCCCCUUUUGCAGGAGAGGACAAGGAAAAAAGUACAAGUAUUGUCUGGUUGUGGUACAGAUGAGUUGUUGAAGAUAAUGGAUUAUGCAUCUCUUCCCCAUUUCUGUAAAAGGGAAGGUUCUGGAUCAUCUCGGCAUUCACAGAAUGGAACUGACAAUUGCUUCUCCUUGGAUGACCGUUUUCAUCAACAGCUCUACAACUACAUCAAGCAGCAAUCUUUGAUCAAUGAAUCCGUUCAACCAAUCAAGCAGGGUUCUUUUCAUGUGGACAUACCUGAGCGAGCUGCAGAAGGAACACAGAUAACAAUAGAAUCUGAGUUCAACAAGUUUGGUAACGGCAAUGGGGUAUCUGAUUCUCUAAAUGCCCUCAAAAUCAAUGGUGACUGAACCACACACCUUGGUACUCUGCAGUAUCAUGGUUGCUUGCCUAAUCAUGGUUGCUCGGUUUAAAAGAUGCUCGACAAGGAAUAUUGCUGUACCGGUACUACAGUUGCAGUGCUGCACACUAGUUGGUUGUAAUGGCAGUUGCUUACAUUAUAUCCAAGUAAAUUCCACAAGGGAAAGCAAAUAUAAUUUAUGUAAGCUGACAUUUAGCUGGGUGAUCGGUAGCUAGUAUGUGUUGUAGACUUGUAGUGCAGCCGACAAUUAUCAUUUUUAUUUGCACAGCUGUAAAUUAUGUAGUAAUUGCACAGAUUAACCUGUUAUCACUUAUUAGCAAUUCAAUGCUUAACUUAUGGUCGCC